AUGCAAGCAAAUUCCUCGAAUCAUCCGCUCCAGAUCAAGUCAUUGAAGAAUUCGGUCGUCCCACUCCGACCUGGAAUUCCCCCUGAAGAAGCAGCCCAAUAUACCCAACGAUUCUACCAAAUCCUCGAAGAUGGCCAACCUGACCAAGCGAUGGAAGUGAUGGUUGACCCGCGGUCGGCGGAGCUGGUGGGAUCGCUCGCCGACUCCGUUUUCGUGGAGGUGCUCCACCUGCUGUCGCCCGCCCAUUUUGUGGAGCCAUUCCGAGAUCUCCACCUGCCACUGCACGCAUGGAUCGCUCUGAGAAAAGGCGUGAAGCGCAUCGAGGAGAUUUUCGAUGAUUUUGUCGGGAAUCUUCUCACGAUCGUGGGCUAUCGCACCGCAGCGGGGGUUCCCCUGCAUCUCGCGGAAUACACUCAUCUUCUCGACUGCGCACGGUCGAUGGGAAACGCUCCGUUGGCUGAUGAGCUAUGGGAGGCCAUGGUCGCCAACAAAGUCGAGCUCGAUGCAGUGUGCUACAAUCAUAUCAUGGAGGCCAAGGUCUGGGAUCACGCAUACACUGGUCUUGAAUCGAAGCGCUUGCAAAUGACUUCUUUUAACUGGCGGAAGCGAGGAAUGGAGAACCCGACCAGGGGCUGGCGGGGCUAUGGAACAGGCGCAAGAAGUGUGCGAACGACGGUAUGGAACAUAUACCACCAGAUGACCGAAGAGGGGCACCCGAGCGACGAGCGCACCUUUGUCAAUCUGAUGAUCGCAUCGAGUCGGGUGGGCGAUAUCCAGGGAGUGAAAAAGAUUUUGUGGGAUAUGUGGAAUGUCGAUAUCGAUGCCCUGAAAGAGGAAACGGACAACUCGAAGCUACCGCCCGCCACGCCCUACGAUCCGUGGUCGGCCCUCUAUCCAACGGAUCGACUUCUCUUUGCAGUCGCUCAUACCCUUGCCACAAACAACGACAUCCCGGGAGCCCUGCGAGGGAUCGACUUUAUCUCAUCUGCGUACAAUAUCCCGAUUCCGCACAAGGUCUGGUACGACCUGUUCGAGCGGGCCUAUACCCUGUCCCGAGAGAGAAGGAAGACCUCACAUCGUGGGAAGAAGGGGUCUCUUGCAAACGGGGCCAUCUCGCGAGACCUUCUGCGUGUCAUGUUUGACACCAUGACGUCGGAGCCUUACAAUGUCCCGCCGACGGUGGAGAUGUACACGAAAAUGGCCAGAACCAAUCAAUCCGAUGGGCGGCUGGCGGACUGCAAGUCCAUGCUGGCGGGGGCGUAUGAGAUCCUGCGCCAGUCGCGAAAGGAGCGAAAGGAGGCCAAAUCGGCCGUGGUUCACUGUCUAGGGCCGGCUCUGGAGUACAACUCUGAAGAGGGAACACCACUGGGCCUGUUGUUUGCCGAGUCUCCUCACCUUGCCGAGGCUGUUCAGACCUACGAUAUCCUUCAGCUGCAAGUCUUCCAGCAAACGCAUCUGAUCAACCGCACCGUGUAUUCGUUGGUGGUGCAGGAAACAGAAUGGACCGAAAUUCCAAUGGGUGUCUGGGAAAGACAGGAACGGCCUAAGGUGAUGGAAGAAUGGUGCGAUUUCCUGCCUCAGUCGCACAGCCUUGACUACGCCGACGGUGGCAAAGUCGAAUUCGAAGGUUCUUCUACGACAUACUCCCGCUUUUUAACCCCCGGCCGCGUUCCAGUACGGCGCUUGAGCAGCCCGGACCGCUUAUUUGCCCCCAUUGAGAAGACCCGCCCCGAGGAUUCAUGGGAAUGGCAUCAUUUGAAGACGCUCAUCCCAGAGCUGGAUAUGCCGCGUGGGCCACUGAGUCGUCUCUUUGCUUUCCAGGGACAGAUCAGUCCGGAUUUUAGAAAGUUUUCGAGCAAUCUUCAGACCCGCGUAAAUUACCCCCCGGACCACCCGCUUUCCAUGGAUAAUAAUCCCGAGGGUGGGUUUUAUGGUCGUCUGGCUGCGCUGGGGCUUCUGCGGCCCAAGUCCCAGCGAGGUGUCUUUUUGAUAGACCCGGAACACCCAUAUGCCCCGGUCUGA